GGUGAGAUCCUUUCGAGCUCAGCUCUUAACUCCCCUCACUGAAGCAGAGCGAGAGAGUCGGAUUCAUAUCUGACAGGUCAAUUUAUUUUAUCUUCACUAAAAUUAACCAAACACCCACUUUUUCGGUCUUCUUCCCGGCGGACAUUUCGGGAGAAACAAAGCUAAUCAAUCUUUAAUGCGUCUACACGCUGUCCUCACCCACUUCACCCUUACAUUCUCAUUUUACUCCUGGGUCUUACAACGUACAGAAGUGAAGGCUUUGCUAGCUCUGAACAUUUUUUCCAUCCAUUUUUGUUUUUGUUGCUGAAGAAUCUCCGACGGAUGAAUGGAGGAAAAGUGAGGAUCCGGUUUCACCCGUUUGUUCUGAGGUGGAAUACGACUCGUCUCUGAGCCAUCCACGCCGUUUUCAAUUCAGUGUCAUCCUUGCUAGAAAUUGACAAACCUCGAGGCAUGAGGCGUGGAGCUAGUCGGUUCUCAACAUCCAGGUUACGCGCUAAACAAUCCGGACACAAGUUCUACGGUGGUUUGGAUGGUAUUGAGGGAGACUUCGAAUUACCGGAGAAAUCAGAGAAGGUUAGAAGCUUGAGUGCUGUUGGGAGAGCCUUAACAAGUAACAAAGGAAACAGAAUGGGCUGCGAUGUCAAUGAAAAAGUACACUCACUUCGUGCGCAAUCGCCAUCCUCGAAUCCCAUUGCUACAAGCAAGAGAUUUAAAAUUGCCAAAAGGUUUUUUGAUGACUGCAAUGGCGUUGGUCAUGCUUCUGUUCCCCGGAAGCUACGCUCGGCCGUGAAGAAGCGCAAUCGUGAAUACAGCUUACCUGAUUCAGAAAGGGUGAACCAUAAGAUGAAUGGAAUAGAAUCUCCUGGAAAGGAUGGUAUAAAGAAAACCAAAGUGAGUAUGCAACAAGGAAGCCCAGACUGGUCCACGAGACAAACAGUAUCUGGGCCGAUCACAAAAGAUGAGGAAGAGGUUGUAGAGACCUUGUAUGCUCUGGCUGGAAUGUUCCUCAACAAUGACUCGAAUGAGAGGCUCAAGUUAGAGGGCGAUUCUUCACCAGAGAACUCAAAUUUGCAGGACUUAGAUAAAAGUACUAACGAUGCUUUUGAAGAAAGAUCAUCCGGAGACGCAGCAAUUACAAAUUCUUCAGUCGAAAGCAUUGAUAGAAAGCAGCCUGAUUCCAUUGAGAAUGCCGAAAUGAUGACAUCUGAUAACGUUGCUCCUAAUUUAAAUCUGGCCUCGAUGCCUAUGUUACUUAGGAGUGAAAAUGGCAACGAAGCUGCAUUAGAUGACUCUGAGUUAACUCUGGCAGUGGGAUUUAGUAGGCCAGGACAAUCACCGAUUUCACGUAAUGGAAGGAAACCAGAAACGGCGGGAGCUAUUGAAUCUAAACAAGCACAUCAUCAUAUGAUGAAGGACCAAAAUAAUUACGACGGUCCAACAUUGUGGCCGGGAUUAGCACUUGCAGCCGGGAACCAGGCUUCUUAUUUACAGUCUUCUGCUGUUAAGGCUCCAGUUUGGUCCGAUUGUGCCUCUAAACAGGACUUGACACAAGGAGGUUCUUCUGAUGUAAAGUUAAUCAUGCAGAUUUCCGAAGUUGUCAUUCAUAAAAAGUUAUUGAAGAGGUGCGCAACACAUGUUUACAUUAGUAACUUCAUUCGGAGUUUACAAAUGCCAAAUAGCAAGGAAGCGCUGCAGCAAGCUAAUCAUUCUGCCCGACUGAGAGCCGGUGAAGGAUCGAUGCAUGGGGAUCUAAUGGAAGCACAAAACUGGAACAGGGCAAGAAGUCGAAUAAUUUCAUCACCUCGAUCAAUUCAUUCUGACACUGCGAACGACUCGCAUGACAAUAAGAACAGUAUUCUUCACCAGACAUGCAAUUACCAUGAAGCUCUAACACCUGAUGUUCAUGGUCCUCCAAAGCAAGGUUUGGACUUAUUGUCCUUUUCAGCUGGUGGAAACGGGUUAAAGGUGAAUAGUAAACUUGAUAAAGGUGAAGGAAGUAGGUUGGAACCAUUGCCAAAAUUGCAGGUGUCUUAUUUUCAGCCAUUAGCACAGCUGCAAGGACUCAUGCGAUUUCCUGUGCCUCAGAGUCAAUAUGCUUCCCCUUCUUACCUUACUCAUCAGAUUUCAGCUGCGGGACCGCAGGUUCUACCUCACUAUUAUGGCAACUCGUUAUGGGUUGGUGGUAACGGUUCGACGGCCUCAAAUAAUAAACACCAGCAGCAAAACUUUUGGGCUGUGCAAGUAGCAGCUCAAGGACAAGGUAGAUCUGGUGUAAAUUGCAAUAUGAUGAGGCCUCAAUAUCCUAAAUGGGAAGCUGGAAGACAAGGCAGCGUAGUGAAUCCAGCCAUGAUUCCCCAAUCCUCUGCUCCCCUUCAAGUAAUUGGAUCGAAGUUCGCUUCAAUCUCAGAGCAGCAACAGCAGUUCAUUUCCCAUGCUUCAUCACUGCCCCAAACCAGGACAAAUGGUUUAAAUUUUCUGGUCCCUCCUGCGUGUGAGCUUAGUAGAGGUAGGUUCCCUAGUAGUCGUGGCACACCACUUCAAUUGCUAUGUGAUGAGCGAAUCUGAGAAGAACCAUUUUCACGGAAGGUAUACAGUACGCUGUUUCCUUCCUUGUUUCUUCAAGUUAGGUUUUAGUGCUGCAUUUUUCAUGCCAAUCGCUCGGCAUAGAUUGGAAGUGGUUCGUUGAGAGGUAUCCCAAUUUGUGUUUCUGGCCUGACUAAUCAGGAUAGCAGAUGAGAAUAUAGGAAAGGCUAGAUUGAAUAGGAAAAGCGUGCUUAUAGCGGUCGCUAAGUUCUUGCGAGGCCCCACUCUUCGCAAAGAAUUAAUCCUAGCUUUGAUUAUUUUAAUCUUAACAGUUAUGUUACGUGCUUAUCAAUCUUUCUGAACUAUCAUGGGCGAGGGAAAGAAAUGUCAUGAACAUCAUACGGUCAUUUACUUGGAGGGAAUGUAAACGACCCAUAAAAAUAAAAAACCGUGAUUUGCGCUUGGUUUUA